GACCAGUUUAUCAUGAAUAUUGUGACUGUCCUGAAGAAGACCCUGAGAUCUGGCAGAACGUUAUGUCUUGUCCAUCCCAAGAACCUCAGAUUACAAAGGAUUUCAUGUCUUUUCCCACCAUCGACCUUCAGCGAAUGCUUAAGGAAAUCCCAGCCAAGUUCAGUCAAACAAGAGGUGCUAUCGUUCAUUACACUAUUCUCAAUAAUCAUAUCUACCGUCGUUCCUUGGGGAAGUAUACAGACUUCAAAAUGUUCUCCGAUGAAAUGUUCCUGUCACUGGCAAGAAAGGUUCGUCUUCCUGACGUGGAGUUUUAUCUUAAUGUUGGAGAUUGGCCAGUUGAAUAUCGGAAAGCUAAUGAUACACCUGGUCCUAUACCUAUCAUUUCAUGGUGUGGCUCUGUGGAUUCAAGAGAUAUAGUCCUUCCAACAUAUGAUGUAACCCACUCAACUCUUGAAACCCUACGUGGUGUCACAAAUGAUCUCCUUUCUAUUCAAGGAAAUACAGGCCCAUUCUGGGAAAACAAAACUGAGCGAGCUUUAUUUAGAGGUCGAGACAGCCGAGAAGAACGUCUCCAUCUUGUCAAGUUAUCCAAGGAAAAUCCAGAACUACUAGAUGCUGGAAUAACAGGAUAUUUCUUCUUCAGAGAAAGAGAAAAAGAGCUGGGAAAGGUGCAGCUGAUGGGCUUCUUUGACUUCUUUAAG